AGUAUAUACAAGAGCAGUAUGAGGUCUGAAAACCAAAGCACCGUAUCUGAGUUCCUCCUCCUGGGGAUCCCCAUCUCUCCAGAGCAGCGGGGCUUGUUCUUCUCUUUGUUCCUGGGCGUGUACCUCACCACAGUGCUGGGGAACCUGCUCAUCAUCCUGCUCACCAGGCUGGACUCUCGCCUCCACAUCCCCAUGUACUUCUUCCUCAGCCACUUGGCCUUCUCUGACAUUUCUCUUUCAUCUGUCACGGUUCCAAAGAUGCUCAUGAACAUGCAGACUCAGAAACAAUCCAUCUCCUAUGUGGGGUGCAUUUCUCAGAUGUAUUUUUUCUUAGUUUUUGCUUCUCUUGACAAUUUCCUUCUUGGAGCGAUGGCAUAUGACAGGUAUGUGGCCAUCUGUCAGCCACUCCACUACACAACUGUUAUGAGACAGGAGCUGUGUUUCUCGUUAGUAGCUGGGUCCUGGUUCCUCAGUUGUGCACAUGCUCUGUUGCACACCGUCCUCUUUGUCCAACUGUCCUUCUGUGCUGACAAUACCAUCCCCCACUUCUUCUGCGACCUCACUGCACUCCUGAAGAUGAGCUGCUCAGACAUCUCCCCCAAUGAGCUGGUCAUCUUCACCGAAGGAGGAAUGUUUUUCUUCUUUACUUUGAGUAGCAUCAUCGGGUCAUAUAUCCAGAUAGGGACCAGUGUCCUGAGGGUCCCGUCCACCAAGAGACUUUCUAAAGCAUUUUCUACCUGUGGUUCCCAUCUCCUUGUGGUGUCUUUUUACUAUGGGACACUUGCAGUUAUUUACUUUUCCUCAUCACCAUGGGACUCCAAUGACAGAGACAUAAUUGCUUCGGUCACAUAUGCGGUAGUUACCCCAAUGCUGAACCCCUUCAUUUAUAGCCUGAGGAACAGAGAUAUAAAACAGGCCCUAGAAAUAUUUGUCAACAGGGCUAACUUCUUUAAGUGA